GCCAACGCAUUGGUUAUCCCUGAUGUCAACUCAUUCUUCAACUUCAACCAGUUUGUGCCUCUGACUGUUGCUGUCAAUGCUGCUCAACAACAACCACAACAGCUCUGGACAGCUAACAAGAACGAGGCUCCUGUUCUUGCAGCCGGUUCCAAAAGCGUAGCCAUCCCAAACAGAUACAUUGUUAUCUACAAGGAAGACGUUACCGAGGCCCAGAGAAACCAUCACAAGAAGUGGUUGAUUGCCGAACAUACGGAAAUGGUUGCCACAGCCGGAAUUCGUCCUUCGGUAGGUGUUCUCGACUUCUUCGAUGUCGACACGCUACUCCUGGGCUACUUCGGCUACUUCACUCCCGAGAUGCUCCGCAAGAUCCAGAAGGACCCUCGCAUCAAGUUCAUUGAGCAGGAUACCGUAAUGAAGGUCAAUGAGUUCGACGUCGAGAAAGAUGCCGAAUGGGGUUUGAGCAGGAUUUCACAUCGUGAAAGCAGCCCUCAACUCGAAUACCUUUACGAUAAUGAAGGUGGCAAGGGUGUCACUGCUUACGUCAUUGACACCGGUAUCAAAGUUGAACACGAAGAAUUCGAAGGCAGAGCCCUGUGGGGUGAAGCCGUGGCUUUCCCCAAGUUGAAGAUUGAUGGACACGGCCAUGGAACCCACUGUGCUGGUAUCAUUGGAUCCAAGACGUAUGGUGUAGCUAAGAAUGUUGAAUUAGUAGCUGUAGGUGUUAUGAACUUGUUGGGUAGUGGUACGACCUCAGACAUCAUCAAGGGUGUCGAAUUUGUUGUCGGCGACCAUAAAUCAAACUUCCUGGCAAAGAAGAAGGGCUUCAAGGGCUCCACAGUCAACAUGUCUAUUGGUGGAGGAGAAUCUGAAGCUUUGGACUUGGCUGUUAAUGCUGCUACCAAGGCUGGCUUGCAUGUAGCUGUAGCUGCUGGUAACGACAAUGCUGACACUUGUACUUUUUCUCCAGCAAGAGCCAGCGGACCAAUAACCGUAGGAGCUUCUGAUAUCAACGACAACAAGGCUGAAUUCUCCAACUGGGGUUCUUGUGUAGACAUCUUCGCACCUGGGGUUGACAUUGUUUCUACAUACAUCUGGAGCAACACUGCUUCUAUGUCUGGUACUUCAAUGGCUUCUCCUCACAUUGCUGGAUUGCUUUCGUACUACUUGUCGCUCUACCCUGAGCCUGAAUCCGAGUACAGCGUAGCUGUAUUGGACCCAGCAACCUUGAAGGACAAGGUGAUCAAGUAUGCCACCAAGGGCGUUAUAAAGGGCUUGAAGAAUGACGGUUCGCCUAACUUAUUGGCCUUCAAUGGUGCUGGCGCCAAUAUCACCGACUUCUGGAGCUUAUAA